CCUAAUUAAGUAUGUGAUGGUGUAGAUGAUCACCCCUCAACCUCGCUCUUCCUCUAAAACACAACAAUGGAUGAUUACUUUUACUCUGCAGAUACAUACUGUAUGUCAGCUGGGACAGGAUGCACGGGGGAGGAAAAGGGAAGCUGAUGAAGAGACGCGCGGCUAAGCAGGUCCAUUUCAAAACAGUGGUGACGGUGAAGGCGGAGAUUUGUUGAGGUGGAGGAGGUGAGAAAGCAGUGUAGCCUAGACACGGGAGGGGAGACACAUAGGAGGGACCGAGGGUGGGUGGACUGUUAGCACCUUAAAAGUUUCUUCUGUGGCGACUGCCAGAAAGAGCAGAAAGAGCAGUACUGGAAGAGUAAAUAGAGGCUCCUCUGAUUUUUUUCCCAUCUCUUUUCUGUCACUUCUUUUUCUGUUCUUGUCCGUGCCUCUCCUUCCUUCCUUUUUGUCAUCAUCUACUCCUCUUCUACAUACUCUGAUGGGAGAUCUCAGCAACUAUGCUAUUGUUCUGCUAGUUUGAAGAGGGAAAGGUGAAAGAUUUCUUCUGACUGCAGCUGAACACCUACAGCCCAUGCUGAGAAGAGGAUGAAGGAAAUGACUUAUCUACAGUGAACGAGCUCCAUCUAUAAGCAAUAAUUCAGGCCUCUGUCUUGGGUUGCAAGAGUGGAAUAGCAGCGUAGGACAGGGCCAGGCAAGCUGGCAACCGGUCUUCUAGAGGUCAUGACUGAGAUGGCUUCCUCUGAUAGAACAAAUCAGGGAAUGUCUGGAAAUGGAGAGGCUUCAUCCAGUGAAAGGGAGACUGAUAUACUGGAGGAUGAGGAUAAAGGAGAUGGCGUGGCAGCUCCUUCUUCUUCAGGCAUGGCAAAUAAUAUUUGCUCCUUUUCCUUUGAGGACCUCCCCGACGAGCCCAUGACGUCAGCCCAUGUCGACCACUCCACUCACACCAGGAUUCAGCAGCAAAUGCAAACUGAAAAUAACUUUACAUUAAGUGGAGAAUACAGCUCAAACAGAAUUCUAAAAGAGAAGCUGUCACAUUUGGCGGCUCUUCAUACACCAACCAGCGGGACCCGCAGCCAGAAACUGGUGGAGAGAGGUCUGCUGGAUGAGGGUUACACAUCAGACACAAUGAACUCAAUUUAUUCCAAAAAUGCUUGCCAAGAAGAUGAGUUAGCCUCAUUAUCUACAGACAUAGAUGACUCAAUAGAACAGUUGAACCAACUGAUUUUGGAUUUGGACCCCACCUUUGUUCCUGUUCCUACUGGCUGUCCCCCCCUGUCUCGAGCCACCUCCCUCAACAGCAGCUGCCUCAGUGAUAAAGGAAAUAAUCAUGUAACUGGCUGGAAGCGGCAGAAGCAGGUCAGCGACGUGACUGACUACUCAAGUCUUUGGAUGCUAAAACCUGGUUGUUUUGGUCCAGGAUCAAGAGGGGGAGGACCUCACUGCUUUGGGGGCUCCUUGAUCGACAGUCCCCCUUUCUUAACAUCACAGCACAAGUUAAAGAGUGUAGACAACAGUGGACCAAGCAAUAGCUCUGAAUUUGUCCCAACGACUCCAGCCUUCCCAGUGUCUCCGCCAACACCGUAUGUGAAACACUUUUCUGAGUUUUCUCACAUCAAGACUGGUGGCCAGUGCGGAAAAGACAGCUGGACACAAGAUUCGCGAAGUUUCCUGGACAGUGCAAACCACACAGGAAACUCUACUGAUGGAGAGCUAUUCGGAUCAGACAUGUCUGUGAGUUCUGCUUCCUGUCCACGGAUAUUUGGUUCCAUGUGUUCCGUGUCAUCGAGCAGCCCCCUCCCUCACUCAGACAGCUGCACGCCAUCUCCUGUGUGGCACCAGCAAACUCCAAACUCCUCGCAGCCUUCAACUCCUACCAAGCGCAGCACACCCAAUGCCCACAGUUCUCCUCGGGGGGCUCUUAAAGGCCUGGGCGGGGAUCCAGGAGUCCACAUAGAGAUUGAAAGCACAGACUUUUCUUCAUUAUUGAUGGUGAAUGGCAACCUGGAGCACAGCCUCUUGGACGCAAUGGGGGACCUCAGGGACUUGAGCCUCGGUGGCGAUGCGGACGUCCCUCCACUGUUGCCUGAAAAGAGGAGAGAGGGUGAGGGUGGUGAGCUUGGCUCCUGCUCACCUUCUCUGAGCGGGUUUUCAAGUCCUCACAGCGGUAGCUGUGUCAGCAUACCUUUCUCGUCACUGACCUCUGACCUCUACAAAGGUUUAAGCGGGGCCACAUCAAGUGGAGCAGAGUUUGGCACGAAGCAGGACACUGUGAAAUUUGUUCAAGACACUUCUAAGUUCUGGUACAAGCCUGACAUUUCCAGAGACCAAGCUAUUUCAGUCUUAAAAGAUAAAGACGCAGGUUCUUUCAUUGUCAGAGACAGUCAUUCAUUCCGCGGGGCAUAUGGACUGGCUAUGAAAGUAGCCAUACCCCCUCCAUCUGUGUUGCACGGUACACACAGUAAAAAAGUUGGAGAUCUGUCCAAUGAGCUGGUUCGACAUUUCCUGAUAGAGUGCACACAGAAAGGAGUUCGUCUGAAAGGCUGCCCCAAUGAGCCAUACUUUGGAAGUCUCACUGCUCUGGUGUGUCAACACUCCAUCACACCUCUCGCUCUGCCCUGCAAACUCAUCCUGCCCGACAGAGACCCGUUGGAGGAGCUUAGUGAAUCUUCUGUAAAGACAGCAACAAACUCAGCAGCUGAACUUUUAAAGCAAGGAGCAGCAUGUAAUGUGUGGUACCUUGGCUCUGUGGAAUUGGAGUCUCUCACGGGACACCAGGCAGUUCAGAAAGCGACCACACUAACACUCGCCAUGGACCCUCCAUCAGCCUCGACCGUUGUGCACUUUAAGGUGUCAGCGCAGGGAAUCACACUCACAGACAACCAGAGGAAGCUGUUCUUCAGAAGACACUACGUCGUCAAUACAGUCAUCUUCUGCUCUCUGGACCCGCAGGGCAGGAGGUGGACAAGAGGCAGCGGUUCUACAGCAAAGAUCUUUGGGUUCGUGGCAAGGAAAUCUCAGAGCGAGACUGAAAAUAUUUGCCAUCUCUUUGCUGAACAUGACCCAGAGCAGCCAGCGAGUGCGAUUGUCAACUUUGUCUCAAAGGUCAUGAUUGGGUCACACAAGAAGUGAGGCAAAUCGAACACAGCUACCCCACCAACUUCCAAUAUUAAAACGGUGAGUUCACAAACCAAAACCUGAAAUCACAUGCCGUUCAAAUGUCCAAACAAAGGCUCCGCAACACCUCCUCGAUAGGUUUGUGCUGAGUGUGCUGCAAGGUGUUGCCGCUAGAGGGAGCCAACGCUAUCUUGUACUGUAUCGCCUCAUCCAUAACUGAUCAAAGAAUGACUAUAGCGCUUUCUUUCCACAAAGGAUCAAUAUAAUACCAUUUUUUGUUACUACCUUGUUGCUUUUCUCAUUGAUACAGCAAGCAGCUCUAAAAAUAGCAUUACGAUAGAUUAUAAUUUUUAUUGGAAAAAAUUGUUUAACUUAACUCUUAAAAGUAUGUUUUAAACAUUAAAAGAAGAACUGUACUAUAUAAGACAUUUUGCUAGCUUGUAUGUUGGAUGGUGUUCUGUUGAUAUUUCCCACACUAUGUAUCAAUUUAUUCAAAUGUAUAAAAGUAUUUUCCCCAAAUACUCUAUACUGCAUGUGUGCCAGAAACUGUAUUUUUGUAUUUUAACACAUAUUGUACACCAUAAAAAGACAGGUGUUUGUGCUAUUAUGUCGCAUUUUUGAUGUCAUGUGAUUUGAAUUUGAUGAAUAUGAUUAUUGAAUGGAACAUUUUUGUACAGCUGCGGAAAACAAACAAGAGACCACUGCAAAAUGGUCAUUUUCUCUGGUUUUACUAUUUACAUGUAUGUGUUUGACUAAAAUGAGCACUUCCCUUUAACUAUUGACAAAAAAAGAGUAUUAAAAAUAUGUAUUUGGAGAAAGUGACACCUGGUCAAAAUAACAAAAAACAAAAACAAAAAAAAACCAAACACAGUUUCCAGAUAUCAAAUAAUGCAAAUAAAAACUCACUGAACAAACAACAUUUACGCUUACUCAGCAGUAUUGAUAUCUUACGUGUUCAAUCUGCUGUAAACAGAUGUAAAUUUUGAUUCCAAGAUCAUAAACGUAGACCUGCAGAUGCACGGAAAAACUUUAUUUAUUUUUUUGAGCAAAAUGGCCCAGAGUUUAAGAUGUUAAGGAAAAUGUAAUUUGCAGUGGUCUCUUUUUUUCAAAACUGUGUAAUUGUUAACAUUUCUUUUCCCCAAAACGACAGUUUUCAGUCCAAAUAUUUAUUCUUAUUGUUACUUGGAACGUCAUUAGAGACAAACGUGUUAUUUUGAAGAACUGUCACCUCCCUUGCUUACCUGUUUUUAAAGGUCUCUGUGGUUGAAGCCACUGACACUGUCUUGAAAAAAAACAAUCUAAUAAACACCGUUCUAUUGUCCUCUAUCGCACAACCUGCGCUCCAUUUCUCCUGUUUGGACGACGUGAAGAAGGCCCAGGCUAGGCAACGACACCAAAACACUAAAGAGACAAGCUCAAGCAUUACCUCUGUCAAACUCUGUGUACAAAAAUAAAAAUACAAACCUGAUUUGCUUGAUUUGCACUGGAAAAGCCUAUAUGGUUCAUGUCAUUUGAAAUUAUACAUUAUUCAAGAUUCAAGAUUCAAGAGAGUUUUAUUGUCAUGUGCAUAGUACAACAGCAGUUAUACCAUGCAAUGAAAAUCUUAUUCUGUUCAUUCUCCCAAGAAAAGAAAGGAAACAAAUGAAAGAAUAAGAACAUAAGAAACAUAAACACAUAAACAUAUAUACCAAUAAAUUAAGCAACAACAACAGACGAGACAUUAAUACAAGUAAAUAAUACAAAUAAAUAAAUAAAUAAAGUGCUAUGAGUGUGUGCGUGUGUUGCGUGCGGCGUGUGCGAGUGCUUCGUUGAGGAGCCUGAUGGCCUGUGGGUAAAAGCUGUUUGCCAGCCUUGUGGUCCUGGACUUCAAACUCCUGUAGCGUCUGCCUGACGGUAGGAGUGUGAAUAAUGAGUGUUGUGGAUGUGUGCUGUCCUUGAUGAAUGUAUUUUACCAUACAAACAAACAUUCCAUUGGUGGACAUCUUGAACAUUGGCAAAAGAUAAACCUAUAAACCAGGGGUGUCCAAACUGUGGCCCGCAGGGCAGAAAAUAACAGCAAAAAAAAAAAAAAAAAAAUCAGCAUUAAUUUUACAAAAAUAAAGUCAAAAUAUGAAGAGCAAAAAAGUCGCAAUUUGACGAUGAUGUCGUAAUAUUAUGAGGAGAAAUAAUGUCAUUUUAGUAGCUUAAAAAUCUUUAUAUAUUAUUAUUAUGAUUUAUUUAUUAUUACAAAACAACAAAUAAAGGUGUAAUUUUUGGAAAACUUGAUUGCAGAAAAAGUUACAAUGUUACGACAAUAAAGUACAAAUAUUACGAGAAAAAAUUGUUUAUUCUAACGAGAAGAAAAGCCACAAUUUUAAGUGAAUGAAUGUAAAAUUAUGAGGAAAAAUAAUGUCCUUUUAGUAGCGUAGAGCUGAAAUAUUAUUAUUAGCUGUUUUUUUAAAGUUGUAAUAUUAUGAGAAACAAACAAAAGGAAAUAACAUUUUAAUUUUUCAAUACUGGCACCAAAACUGUUCACCCCACCCUGUGGAUACAUGACAUCUGUAAAGUUACAAAAGACUUCAAGCUAGUAUUAUUUGCAGGCGGUACCACUGCAUUUUGCUCUAGAGGAAGUACGCAGGAGCUAAUAAAAAAAAAAUCACAGAUGAAUUGACUAUACUAAAUAGAUGGUUUGAUAAAAACAGACUAUCCCUGAACCUAACUAAAAUAAAUCACAAUUAUUAGAACUUGCUGAUCUGUUCAACCUUCAAACAGCUACGAGUAUGCAAACGUAAUACAAUUCUUCUCAGCAAAAGAGGGGACGUAUGACCUUAGAGAAAAAGUCAACUUAAAACACUUCUGAGCGAGAACAAUGUUAAAACCCUUCAGCAUAUCAGUAUGUGGACUCAAACUAUGGAACGGAUUGAGUAAUGAACUCAAACGAUGCACUAAAAUGAGCCAUUUCGAGAGACGGUACCAGCGGUUGAUGUUUACAAAGUACACCCACUGUGUUCAUACAAUACCCACUCAACAACAAACUAUGUUGUGUCAACUUUUCAGCACUAAUUGUUCUAUAUUCAUUAUAUUCUGUUAUGAACGUCACAUCAUUUAUCAAUACAUUGCAACUGUUAACUCCUAUAUACGGCCUUAUCAUUUUCUUAUGAUAUUUCAAUUUUGUUUCUAUUUCAAAAUUGGUAAAUACAGCAAGUGCGCAAACAAACGUAUUAGACAUUGAUGUGGAACGGAGAAUGAGGUUGGAUUAAAUAAACUUAGCUUCUUCCUACUCCUUUUCGGACAUGUGGAAUUGUGAAUUGUUGCUUUUACAAAAAAUCAAAAUGGCCCUUGCAUCCUUUCAUUUUUCACUAUGUGGCCCUUGCUGGAAAAAGGUUGGAUACUCCUGCUAUAAACGUCUCCUCCAUGACAAAAUGUGUCUGCGAUACUGUAUUUGGUAACCCUUCAACAUUAACCAUGUGUUUUAUAGUUUUUCCAAUAGAUGGCGCUAUUUGCCAACUUUUUCUAAGAGCGUGGGCUGGGACGUGAUGGAUGACUCAAUUUAUGGCUCAUGAAUUUAGUAAAAACUAGAUUUAUUUUACCCUGUUAACCCAUAGGAAUCCGGACUCAUUUGCACUGAAAGGAAAAAGAUGGGGAAUAUACUGUACGGCAGACAAAGUGGAAUACAUACAACACAUUUCUGAUGUUUUUGUCCUUCCUGAAAUACUGCUAACCAAUGUGAAAGAUCUGUGAUGUUACAUAUAUGUUACACUGGCUGUUUGUAGUAAAUGUAUCCUUUAUUAAAAAUGAACGUGACAGUUCAUUGAGCUUAGUUUCACAAAUGUACUUGAGAUUGAAGAAAAGUGAAAUAUACUGAAUGACUGACGUCCCUUCCUGUGACAAUUACAGCAACACAUGCUUACUGUAUGUCCAAAAUGGCCUAUUUUCUGUUAUUGCAUCUACUAUAUGGGCUAAUAUCAGUGUAAUGGUGACUAUAGGGGUUUUUCAUGUCUAAUAAUGUUAAAAAAUGU